CGCGACUUCGCCAUUCUGGAUCUUGCAUAUCCUUUUUAUCUAGAAGUUUACUAUGUCACAUGCAGUGGCAUUGGCCAAGAACACUAUGCUAUUACAUGUGGUUGCAAGGUUAUAUUCGUGCGUCCUGUAAACAGAGCUCUUAUGUCCACAGUUUCCAGGCGAUAUUAUUGAUAAAUGAUUAUUUUGAUUGGUGUGCAUUUAAUGCGGAAAUAGAGAUCAUUCUAUGACAAUCUACCGUUUUCGCGUGCAAACGACCCAAAAGGGUGAGGCUCUUCGCUGCUCGAUACUUUGUCUUUUGGAUUUAAUUGCAGUAAUUGGAUUUGGAGAAUCUGUUGAUUUUUUGAAGCCGUGUUUGGGUUUGUUGGAGACACGGUACGACGGGAAGGAGGGGAGAAGAAGAUGGGGUGUGCCAUGAGUUCAGAAGAGAGAUCGGCGCAGGAAAGGAGUAAACAGAUUGACAAAAAUUUGAAGGAAGAUGGACUCCAAGCUGCUAGGGAUGUCAAGCUUCUUUUAUUAGGUGCCGGGGAGUCUGGCAAAAGUACAAUAGUCAAACAAAUGAAAAUUAUACACGAGGAGGGUUUCACGGCGGAAGACUCUAAAGUGUAUAGACCCGUGGUAUAUAGCAACUUACUUCAAUCUAUGGUUUCAAUGCUCAGAGCGAGAGAAAAAUUCGAAACUCCUUUCGGAGAGGAAGAACGAGAGGAAGAUGCCAAGUUAGUAUAUGACACAGUAAGCAAGCUCCAGGAUUCAGCCCCCUACACUCCUUCACUUACAGCUGCACUCCAAAGACUCUGGACAGAUAGUGGCCUCCAAGAAAUCUUCAACCGAGCCCGGGAGUACCAACUCAAUGAUUCAGCCAAAUAUUUUCUAGAUAAUCUUGAUAGAAUUGGGUCUCCUGACUACCUUCCUAAUGAGCAAGAUAUCUUGAGAACACGCGUUAAAACAACGGGCAUUGUAGAAACACACUUCACUUUCAAAAAUCUACAUUUCAGGUUAUUUGACGUUGGAGGUCAGAGAUCAGAAAGAAAAAAGUGGAUACACUGUUUUGAAGACGUCACAGCAAUCAUAUUCUGUGUCGCUUUAAGUGGAUAUGACCAGCGACUUCUAGAAGAUGAUGUCACGAAUCGGAUGCAAGAAAGCCUGAAGCUCUUUGAUUCCAUCUGCAACAACAAAUGGUUCACUGAUACCUCCAUCAUUCUCUUCCUAAACAAGAAAGACCUGUUUGAAGAGAAGAUCCAGAAGUCACCAUUGACCAUCUGCUUUCCAGAAUAUGAAGGUGCUAAUGAGUAUCUACCUGCUGCUGGAUACAUACAGUUACAAUUUGAAGCACUGAACAAAAGCGCCAACAAGGAAAUCUAUACACAUAUGACGUGUGCAACGGACACCAACAAUAUUCAAUUUGUGUUUGACGCGGUCACUGACACAAUAAUAGCCAACAAUCUACGAGGGUGCGGCUUGUAUUGAGACUAGUAGGUAGAAUUUCGAUGGUUUUGCUCUUUUUCAUGGCAACCAAACAAGUUUCUUCUUUUGUUUUUCUCUCGUACAAACACAAGUGGAGAUAAUAAAUGUUUGUUUGUUCGUGCGCACGCUCGGGAGAAUGUUGUGUACGCGCUGUGUGCGAUGUGGAUCACGUGACACUGGAGCUGGAGAUGAAUGACGCCAUGUUGUUUUCCUUCAUGUGAUCAAACCACUCUCACUUUUUUGUGAUUUCUAACCCGUGGGAUGAAGCGAUCAUAUAGUGCGUUCUCUCUAACCAUGUGGAUUUUGUGCGGAAUUGAAACCAUCACGACUUUCCUGCUUGAUCACCAUGCCCUGUCCAAAGUUACGAUUGGAUAUCAUCAGUCACGUGAUUAUAUAUGCUGUGCUGAUUGGAUAACGGUGUCAUUCGUCUGCAUCAUUUUAGCCAAUGAUGUCAAUUCCGAAUACUUGGGUGCUUGUGAAAUGCUAAGCGCGCGAGCGCGCGCGUGUGUGUGUGUGUGUGUGAGAGAGAGAGGUGAAAAAGAGGGUGGUAACGAAGAGUAAGAAUAAAAUAUUGGGAAACUUUUCUAAGAUUAUUUCUAUGGUAUUCGUGUCGACCAUUAUCAUGUUUUUGAUCUCACGGACAGAAAAAAGUGUGUAUAUAUUUUGCUACGACUUAUAACGUUUACGCCUUCUACGGAGAUCACUCAGUCAUUGAAAUACAACGCAACCACGUGACGUUUAGCUGAUCUUACCCACAAUUCAUUGAGAUAUGGAUAUCACUACCAUAUAAGGAGAAAAUCGAUGACCUGAUUAAUACCAAUGUUAUUAGUUGCUUCUUUUCAUAAUUACAUCAAAGUCGUGUCCCCUGACAACAUUUAGAUCGUGAAAGAGGAUGACUUGAAAAUCUGAUCAUUUCGCUUUUUACUACUACUACUGAGGACGCAGAAGGACCUUAAUAUAGGACUAUUUCGUGAGAAAAAAAUACGAACUACAUUUAUUUGUUGAGUGGUUGGGUAAUAUAUAAGUGUUGGUGUUGUUAUUAUUGUAAAACACACAUUGUGUUUCGAGAAGUAAGCUAUUUCGUAAGGUGCAUUUGCAAUGGGACUUGUGAUAUCCAAGCGUCUGAUUCUCUGUAAUUACUUCUGUUUCGCCGAUAUUUUAACUACCUAAUUACUUAUUUUAAAAACUGUAGUUAGUCGCAUCAAAUUCUCUUCCUUUUCUUUGGUUUAAUCCACCCUUCCUGUACUUCUGUACUAUAUCAUUAUCGACAUAGUGGAUAUGUUCUUUUUUUACCAAAUCAAUCUUUAUUGUGGCUGUUGUAUUUUGUUAAUUUUAUAUGAAUUGCACAUUCCGAUUGCAAAAAAGAGUCAUCAUCAUUAUUGAUCGAACUUUCUUGAUAUUAAGUGAUUACUUUCACAAGAAUGUUAUAAAGUGGUAAAUGCUUGAUUAAUCGUGUGUAAUUUAAUUGAUUUAUGGUUCCAUUAAAAAAGUAUCAUAAAAAAAUCUCCAGCAGGAACAACUUACGAUUCUUUAUCCGUUUUAUUCCAGUUAGGAAAGGAUUGUGUGAUCUGCUGUUCUCGACAUUAUGCAAUUAUAUUACGUAGUCAUCAUUCCAACAUUCCCAUAAGCCUUAAUGAUUAACAAUGGAGAAUUCGAAAACAUUUUUGUUUGGGAGUUAGUGCCGACUUGCACAAAAUAGUUUCUUUUUAUUUCGUAACGCCAAUAUUCCACGGUGAAUGGUACACUCUAAAACACUGAGUAAAAUUCUACCCAAUAUUUAGUAGAAAGGGAACAUACAUGUUUGCUGGGUAUAUUUUUUAAACCCCAUAUUGCGAUGAAAGCAUUUUUAAGGGUAAAUUUCAACGCAGCAUUGUGUAAAAUUUACAAAGUAUUUGGUAUCUUUUUUUCCAACUAACAUUCAUGUUCCCAUUUUUACCCUAUAAUGGGUAAACCUUUUUUAGAGUGUAUCAACUUGACCCGCUGGAAAGAAAAUGGUAUCACACAAUGUAUCACACAACAUUGAGACUAUAUCACACUCAGGAUACCUCU